AUGAGAUUAUUGAUCAAAGAGAAUCCAAGAACUUUGGCUCUCGUGUCCAAAACUCAUGUCCUACUUUUCCGUCAUAUAAGAACAAAGAAUAAUCUACCCAGAUGCGUUAUUGAAUUCUCAUCUAUUGAUGAAAUCAAUUUACAAUCAUAUAAAAAAAUCACAAAUAAAGAAAUUCAUGGAUUUUUAGGAUUAAUUGAAGUUAAUAAUGAUUCAUAUUUAUGUGCCAUCACUGGUAAACAUCAAGUUGCUUCUCCAAUACCUGGUGAAACUGUUAAUAAAAUCUUCAGUGUUGAUUUCUUCUCUUUAACUAGUUCAACUUGGGAUAAUGUUGAUUUGGAUCCUAAUGGAUAUCCAGUGAUGCCAGAUUUUGAAAGAGGAUUCGAUGAUCAAUAUAGAACGGGUACUAUAAAUGGUGGUAAUAGUGGCUCAGCUGCAAAUCAAGAUACUGCUUUAAAACAUCCAUGUUUUGAAUUACAAAAAUUAUUAUCAACAGGUGGGUUUUAUUAUAGUUCUAAUUUUGAUUUGACAAGUACUUUACAAGAUCGUGGUGUUGAUUCUCAUUCAUUAAGUUUUGAUAGUUAUAAUGAAGAGUAUAUGUGGAAUUCAUUCAUGUUACAUGAAGUGGUUCAAUUUAGAAAUCGUCUAGAUACACCAUUGAAGCAAAAAUUAGAUGAUGAAGGGUUCUUAACAACUGUUAUAAGAGGGUUUGCAGAAACUUUCGAUGCUUAUUUAGGCAGAGAACAAGUUGCCAUGACUGUUAUAUCAAGACAAAGUUGGAAGAGAGCAGGUACUAGAUUCAAUUCAAGAGGUAUAGAUGAUGAAGGUAAUGUUGCAAAUUUUGUUGAAACAGAAUUUAUAUUAUAUUCAGGGAAAAUUUGUUAUUCAUACACUGAAAUUAGAGGUUCUGUUCCGAUUUUUUGGGAACAAGAUACUGCAUUAAUCAAUCCAAAAGUCCAAAUCACCAGAUCUGAAGAAGCUACCCAACCUGUUUUCGAUGCUCAUUUUGAUCAUUUAUUAGAAAAGUAUGGUGCUGUUAAUAUAGUCAAUCUAUUAAGUACCAAGACAUCUGAAAUUCAAUUAUCUAAGAGAUAUAGAAGUCAUGUUAAUACAUAUACACAAAAUAAUAACCCAGAAUUAUAUUUGACAGAAUUUGAUUUCCAUAGAGAAACUUCCAAUCAAGGUUACUCAUCAUCAACCAAAAUUUUAAGAUUGAUUAAAGAAUCUUUAUACGAAUUUGGUUAUUUCAGUUAUGACGUUGUGAAUAAGAAGAUAUUAAGUGAACAAAAUGGUACUUUCAGAACAAAUUGUUUGGACUGUUUAGAUAGAACAAAUCUGAUCCAACAGUAUAUUUCAAAUUUUGCAUUGUCAGUAUUCUUAAAAGAUCAUGAUUUCCAAGUCUCACCAGAAUCUGAAUUUUUCAAUAGACAUAAUUCAUUAUGGGCAGAUAAUGGUGAUCAAAUAUCACAAAUUUAUACAGGUACCAAUGCACUUAAAUCAUCUUUUUCAAGAAGUGGUAAAAUGAGUUUUGCAGGUGCCCUUUCUGAUGCUACAAAAUCUGUUAGUAGAAUGUAUAUUAAUAAUUUUGUUGAUAAGGGGAAACAAUUGACUAUUGAUACAUUAUUGGGUAGAUUAAGCUCUCAGGUUCCUGUGUUAUUAUAUGACCCAGUUACAGAUUAUGUCAAUGAAAAACUCAAAGAGCAAAAAGAUGAAUUUACAUCAAGUGCAAAUAUUAAUAUAUUUACAGGUACUUUUAAUGUUAAUGCUAGUAAUAGAAUUCCUGAUUUAUCAUCAUGGUUGUAUCCUAUUGGAGAUAAAUUCAAACCAAAUGUUGUUGUUCUAGGGUUCCAAGAAGUUAUUGAAUUGACUGCAGGCUCUAUUUUGAAUGCAGAUUAUUCCAAAUCAUCAUUUUGGACUAAAGAAGUGUCUAAAUGCUUGAAUCAAUUUGAUAAAUAUAUUUUAUUGAGAGCUGAACAAAUGUCAUCCCUGUUAUUAUUAUUUUUCGUUAAGGCAGAUUGUGUUAACAACGUUAAACAAGUGGAAGGUGCUACCAAGAAAACAGGUCUUGGUGGUAUCACAGGUAAUAAAGGUGCUGUUGCAAUUCGUUUCAAUUAUGGUGCUUCAUCUUUCUGUUUUGUUAAUGCACAUUUAGCAGCUGGUACUACAAAUGUUCAAGAAAGAGCGAAUGACUAUGCUUCAAUUACUAAUGGUAUUAGAUUUUCAAGAGGCGGUAAAAUUGAAAGUAAUGAUACUAUAUUUUGGAUUGGUGAUUUAAAUUAUAGAAUUUCAUUAAGUAAUGAAGAAGUUAGAAAAAGAAUUGCUAAUUGUGAUAUCGAAUAUUUAUAUCAAUUUGAUCAAUUGACCAAAGAGAUCAAUAGUGGUAAUGCUUUUAAAGGUUACUCAGAACCAACUAUUAGUUUUAACCCAACUUAUAAAUUUGAUAAAGGUACAGAUAGAUAUGAUAGUUCUGAAAAGCAAAGAAUACCAUCAUGGACUGAUAGAAUCAUUUAUAAAGGUAAAGCAACUAAACCAUUGGCUUAUAGCUCUUCAGAUUUAACAUUUUCAGAUCAUAGACCUGUUUAUGCUGCUUAUAGAUCAAUUGUUGAUUUCAUUGAUGAAAUUAAAAAAUCCUCAUUAUCGAAACAAAUUUAUGAAAAUUAUAAAGCUACACAUGCUGGUGAUAGUGAUUCUUCAUUAAUUGAUUUAAAAUUUGAAAAUAAUAAUGAAGAUCAAAAACCUGUCAAGACUUCAAGUUCUAGAAACCAAGACUUAUUAAAUUUCCUUGAUGAUGAGGAUGAUUAUAAACCUUCAUUACCAAUAAGAAGACAAACUGCAUCACCAAUCUCUAGUGAAAUAUUAACACCAAGGAAGCAAAACAGUCCAACUCCACCACCAGCACUACCAGCUAGAAGAGCUGUAACGAAUGUAUCAUCAACCAUAUCAACCCCAGCAAAAAAUCUUCAAGCUCCUCCUCCACCAGCGCCUCGUUCAACAACACCAUUAAGUACCAAACCUCCAUCAUCAUCACAGUCUAAGGAAACACCAAGCACAUCUGUAAGUCCACCACCAGCUCCAACACCAAGAAAAACAAAUGCAAGUAGCUCUUCAUUACCACCGGGAUUUUCAGAUACAAUUUUAUUACCAUCUAAAACACCGUCUAGAGUUAGUUCACCAAGUAAUAACGGUAAAGCACAAUUAGCACCAACAAUACCUAAGAAACCAGUUUCUUUAGGCUCAUCACCAGCACCAUCAAUUCCUAAGAAACCGGAAUUUUUGCAUAGUUCAACUACAUCAAAUUCUAAGACAAAUGUACCAUCAAUUCCUAAAAAACCAGAUUCAUUAAGAAAGGUUUCAACUGAAGAUAUAGAGAAUUCUAAGAUAACUAACGAAUCUGAAGAGAAGACAUCAGAAGUACCAUCAAAUUCAAGUGCUCCACCUCCACCUCCAAGUAGAAAAGGUACUGCACUGUCAUUUAAUGAUUCGUUAGAUAUGAAUAGUUGGAAACCAUUAAAACCAACUUAA